AUGGCCAUGAAUUAUAUCCAGGUAAUUACAGCGCCUCGUUGUGAACACCUAGAGAACGAGAUGGCUAACUUUGAUCUAUCUUUGAACAGCUUGAGAAGUUGGGCGAGGGGACGUAUGCCACCGUAUACAAGCUUACUUAUCUACUCAAAGGGACGUUCACGCACGAAUAACGAGAUUGUUGCGCUCAAGGAAAUCCACCUUGAUGCGGAAGAAGGAACACCAUCCACUGCGAUCCGAGAGAUUUCUCUCAUGAAGGAACUCCGGCACCCGAAUAUUGUCCGCUUGCACGAUGUUGUCCAUACAGAGCAAAAAUUGGUCUUGAUCUUUGAAUUUUGUGAACAAGAUCUCAAGCGCUACAUGGACACUCAUGGCAAACGCGGUGCCCUCGAGCCUAACACGGGUUCUCCAUCGGGACUUGAAGCCUCAAAAUGUUCGCAUCCCCAUUGUCAACUGGGUUCCACCAUGUCUGAUUUAUUUUGUAGCUUCUCAUCAAUAGGAAAGGAGAACUCAAGAUUGGAGAUUUUGGUCUCGCCCGCGCUUUUGGUGUUCCAGUCAACACCUUCUCCAAUGAG